CUGAGCACGAGUACUGUCAUAAUAUUAUUGUUUUUAUACGAUGUUGAUGUUAUCUUGAAAUACUUUUGAAUGCAAACAAUAGUCAAAAUGACCGAACGAUUCGAUUUAAAAUUUGAGGAUUUCAUCGCAAUUUGUCGAUUGUGUUGCAACAAAGGGACUGGACUGAUCCCAAUUUUUCCUGAAACCGAGGAUGUGUCUAAUAAUGUCACUGAGCCCACCGAUUCCAUUCCGGCAAUGUUACUUAAGAUCGGGCUGAGUGUAAGAAGAAACGACGGUCUACCUGAAGCCCUGUGUUCGGAUUGUCACAUAAAGCUUUUGAAUUGCAAUAAUUUUCGAGUGCAGUGUCUGUCAACAGCAGUCUACCUCCAGGAAAUUUUAACUAGACACACAGAGUGUAUUGUGAUUAGAAACGAGACCGCAGAGGAUGACGAUGGCAAUAAUUUCCAGGACUGUUUCGAGGUCGAUUACAUACUGGACAACGAUGAACUGGAUACAACAAACGACGUUGAGUUUACAAACGGUAGAGUCGAAGCAUUGGACAUAACAAUACAAAAUGAAAAUUCUACAGAAAUCCAUAAACGCAAACGUGGUCGUCCCAAGUCAAAAGUUGAGAAGCCACCGCCAGUCGAACAAAACAAGACUACGAAAUCAAGCAAAGGCUGCAAAUCAUCCCACAAUAAGAAAAGGUCAAACAGAAAGGACAUUUGUCUGAUUUGUGGUAAAGUAAUUAACAACAACAUCAAAGGACAUCAGGCGAUACAUGACAAAAGUGAAACAUUCUAUUGCGAUAUUUGUGGUUUCAAGACGAAUGUGAAACUUUACAUGAAAAAUCAUAUGAACAAGAUACAUGUAGCUCAAAGAAAAUAUCCCUGCCCUCACUGUCACCUAGUUUUUAUGCACUCCGUUACAUUGAAACGACAUGCAACAAUUCACAGUGGCGAGAAAAACUAUGUUUGCGAAGAAUGCGGAAAGUCGUAUCGUCAACGAGACAUGCUGCUGGCCCAUCGUAAAAGACAUCUUCCACCAACGAUACAAUGUUCGUUUUGUGACAAAUUAUUUUACUCCAAAAAUGAGCUAAAAUCUCACACUGGUCUUCACACCGGCAUAAAAGCAUACAAAUGCGAUCUAUGUACAGCUGCGUUCGUUGCUAGUAGUAGUUUGGCAGCACAUCGACGUCAGCAUAAAAGAGAUAACGUGUUGCCAUCGUGCAAAAUAUGCGGGAUGAUGUUCAGUGAUCGUUUAGUUUACAAUAUGCAUUUGAUGGAUCAUAAAAGAACGAAUCAAUCGAUUGCAUACAGUGGUAAAUAAUGGGAAACAUUGAAUAAAACUGAAUGACUGAGUACUCGA